CAGCAGCUCCAACAAGGACUAGAAACUGCAGGCUCAGGCAGGGACAGGAGAGGUGAAGAGGCAGGAAGGAAGAGGAGCGAGUUUGUAUGAUGCUGGUGUGAGUGAGUCACAGAGUUUUUGAAUGGCGGGUUGGGUUUAUAAACCUCCGCCAGCCCCCGACACAUGAGUUUGGAGGCCACUUGUCUCUGCGGUCUGACACGUAUGCACAUGCAGCAAGGUCCGACAGCCUCAGCAUCCUUACUUUUCACCCUGGAGGGCACGGGAGUGCAAAGACAGCUCUUCAUCAUGAGGUCCUUCCUCCUACUGCUCUUCUCCCUGUUGUUGGUGUCGAACGGAUCUUCAGCAGUCAUCACAGGGGCCUGCGAGAAGGACUCUCAGUGUGGAGGGGGGCUGUGUUGCGCUAUGAGUUUGUGGAUUCGCAGCCUGCGUAUGUGCACGCCCAUGGGACAGGAAGGAGAUGACUGUCACCCUUUGAGCCACAAGGUUCCUUUCUUUGGGAAAAGGCUCCACCAUACUUGCCCCUGCUUGCCCAAUUUGUCGUGUGUCACCAUAGAGGAGGGGAAGUACAAAUGUCUCUCAACAUACAAGUAUCCAGACUACUACCUCUGAGGACCAACACUUAAAGUUACACUAUUGUACAUGCACUGUAACUAUGUUUAAAAGCCUGUUUUCACUUUGCUUUUUAUUUUAUUUUGAAUAAAGAGAUAUAUUUAAUAAGGC